AUGUCGCUGCCCCCUGAAACCAUCCAGGUCAAGCGCAAGAUUGACCAUGAGAAUGGACCUGUUCACUUCCUUCGUGUCGACGAACCCAAGCGACAGCGGAGUGGGACAUGGCUUUACGAGCGCAAACAACCGAACCUAGGAAGCCCCAGCGUCGUUCAACCAUGGCGUCAGGAUGAUAUCCGACCGGUUAUUCACACAUCACGAACUGGCAACAAUAAUAUCCCCCCCAAUUCUGUCAUAGCCGCUGUAGCCACCGCAAGCUCCGAGUCAUCUGAAAAUGGCAUUCGUCCGGGACCUUCAAUGCCGCCAUCUACGCCGCUACCAGCAAGUACGGAUAUUAGACCUCGUCGCUUCCACAUGACCAGGCCCCCUUCAAAAUUGGCAUCAGCCAAUUCCUCGAACAGCCGUGUUGCCAACAAGGCGCGCUAUACGUCGGCUGUCUUUGUAGAGCGAGGCGCCAAGCGAAGGAGGGCGGCUGCUGUCGCUGCAGAGGGGCUCAGACUGCAAGAUACAGUAUCUACGCCGAGUCAAGAUGCUUCUCCCUCAGCUUCCGCCCCUGCAAGGGAUAGAGACGAUAGAAUGGAAGAUGCGGCGCCGCUGCGCUUCAAGCGGCCGGGAUUACGCAGAAAGGCGAAUGAGAAGGAACAGGGUUCCUCUGGUGGUGGGCACAAGGCGAGACCUCCGCUGCCACCGUCGCUUCUACAUCGGCAGCACGACGGAAACAUGGAACAACUUGCCCGGGAUAUGGAUGCUUACACACUGGAGCAUAUUGGCCUUAAUCUCGCCAAAAUGGAUGAGGACGAUGAGGACGACCGGUCCCUAGGGUCACCCGCCAAAUCGGCUUCGGUGACGCCCAGAAAAUAUCGGCCAAAGGCACCGGCGAAGAGAUAUGCGGAGCGUCACCCGGAAGCAGCUCCUCUUGCAAAGCCUGAAGACGACGUCGAUAUGCAGGAGAGCGACACCGAGGAUGACGAUUACGUGAUAGAAACCUACGUCCGCGUGCCUGCGAGUACACUGGCAGCCUCAAUCCCUGCUGAGCAAGUGGGCGUCUUGGUCUUCGAUAAUGAACCUGAUAUCGAGUUCUUCUACGGAGCUGAAAGCGACAGUGAGGAAGAACAUCAGGACGAUGACGACGAUUCGAAUGCUGAGGAUUACUACACGGCUGACUAUCCUGAAGACGAAGUCGAGUCUGAUGACGAAUACGACCGGGACCCAUAUCACUACCGCAACGGUAAUGCGUCCGAUCUUGAAGAGUUUGACGAGGACCACGCCGUUAACAGCGAUGUGGAGUCGACAACGAAUGCGGGUGGCAUUGAAGCUUUACGAUCCCGUGUAUUUGGCGUGCAGCGAUCCCGCGAUUAG